AUGGGCAUCCCAUUCACAUCAAAACAUUUCUCUUCCUUCUUAAAAGAUUCUGUUCCUAAUUCAAUGUUUCUUUCACCAACUGAUGAUAUUGAAGUUCUCCAUUGUAUUUCUUCCUUGGACCUUGGUAAAUCUUCUGGGCCAUUUAGCAUUCCUGCCCAAAUUUUUUCUACUGUUAAAACUGAAUUAUCUGUUCCACUCUCUAAACUUAUAAAUUUGUCUUUUACUUCAGGCAUUUUUCCUUCUAAUUUAAAAACUGCCAGGGUUAUCCCUAUUCAUAAAAAAGGAUCCAAAUUGGAAUUUACAAAUUAUCGACCUAUAUCCUUACUUUCAAACAUUGAUAAGAUAUUUGAAAAACUUAUAUAUAACGGGUGUAUGGGUUUCUUGAAGCUAACAAUGUCCUGUAUAAGCAACAAUUUGGUUUCAGAAAAAAUUACUCAACCUGUCAAUCACUAA